AAAUUUUCCAAGUAAUUAAAACCAACCAACUAGUAGGUAGUAGUUGUAGCCAGUAGGUUAGCCAGUACUCAGUAGGAACCUUUGAAUGAAUUUAAAUUUCAAAUGUUCAUUAUUCACGAUUCACGUUUUUUUUUUGACGAGUCUUGAUACUUAAGCGUAGCAUAGAUUAAAUAUAUUUAUAAAUAAUAGACAUUAAUACCAUUAGAUAUACUAAAGUCUGAAAUAAGUGAAUAACUACAAACAUUUAAACUUAAGAUUAAAUUGAUUGAUUUUUCUAAUAAACUAUGAAGAAUAUUUUGCACGUGGAGGUUCUUUUGCAAACCGAGAAAGCCAUUGAAAUUCCCGAAUUGGAAAAAGCCGUCAGACUUGAAUUAAAAAAUAUCGAGCCAAUUGUCCCAGAGUCUAUGCACACUACAUUUGUCACUGAAGGAUUAUCUGAUUUUGUAAAAUGUAUACAAAUUUGUGAAAUAGAAAAUGUACAUGAUAUUGAAGAUGUUGAACCAAUGAUGAUAGAGGCAGGUGUUGAUUCAUUAGAUUUAGAUACAUAUCUAAUAAAAAUCUAUUUUUACAAAUUAGAUGAUAGUGGUUUAGUAGAUGAUACUACAACUGAUGAGUCUACAUGCAAAAUGAGACGUUGUAUAUUACCCAAUGUGGAUUUUUCUGGUAUCUGGGAAUCAUUGGUAUUUCAGGAACCGGUUAAAGAAAUUCUUUUACACUACGCACAGACAGGGAUGAAUUUUGCACGUCAUAAUGUUAACACUAAUAUUAUUAGCUAUAAUAGAUUAAUCCUGUUACAUGGUCCACCAGGUACUGGCAAAACAUCCAUUUGUAAGGCCCUUGCCCAAAAAUUAUCAAUAAGAUUGGGAAAACAGUACAAUUUUUUUGAAUUUAUUGAAAUAAAUAGUCACAAUUUACUAUCAAAAUAUUUCUCUGAAAGUGGGUCACUGGUAAUGUCUAUGUUCCAACAAAUAAAAAGUGUUUUGGAGUAUGGUGAUUCAUUGGUAUUCAUAUUAAUUGAUGAAGUAGAGAGUUUAACACGUGCUCGAGAUGCAGUGUUAUCUGGUACUGAACCAUCAGACUCCAUUAGAGUUGUAAAUGCCGUACUUACACAACUUGAUAAUUUAAGAAAGUAUCCAAAUGUUAUAUUUUUAACAACAUCAAAUGUGACAGAAGCCAUCGAUACUGCAUUUACUGAUAGAGCUGACAUAAAAAUGCUCAUCAACCCUCCUCAGGAAAUGGCAAUUUACACUAUACUUAAAGCAGCUAUUGAAGAACUUAUCAAAGUAAAACUGAUUAUAAACGUAGAAGAACAUGAUAAAUUUGAUCGUCUCCCUGAUAUUAAUGCUGAACAAAAAGAAAUUCUCAAUACAACACAAAAACUACAUCAAAUUUCCAAAGAAAGUGUUGGUUUGAGUGGACGUGUUCUAAAAAAAAUUACUUUUAUAGCACAUUCUAUAUUUAUACGGCAACCACAAUGUGAUGGUGUUCAUCAAUUUUUGGCGGCCUUACACAAAGCAGUGAAAUAUCAAAAAGCACAAGAUGCUGGCCUUACUAAAAUAAAAUAGUUAAACAAUUUUUAUAUUUAUUAUUGUAAAUUACACAUCAGUUGUUAUAGUAAUUGUAAUUAUAUCCCAAAUAGUUCUGUUUUAAUGAACAUAAAAUAUUUAAAUAUAUUCAAAUAUAAAAUGUAUAUACAAAAGAUACAAUUUUCUCAUUUUUGAAACCAACCAAAUUAAAUAAGCCAACAGUUAUUAAUGAAUAAUUAAUAAUAAAUAAUUGAACUUUAUAAAUAUCUUAAUUUGUCAAAGCUAAUAAUGGCAAAUAAUGCCAAUUAUUUAUACAAACAACCAUAAUAAUUUUUUUUUUUUAUCAACAGUGGUAACUGUAUCAAGUUGUGUUUGGUAUGUAUCCUUUAAAGAUUCAAUUUAUUGAGUGGGAGUUGAUAUAAAUCUUAAGAACAAUAAGUAAUUUUUUUGUAUCUAGUAUAACUAUGGAGGUUGGAAGACUAAAAGUAAAAUCAUUAGUUUAUUGUUGGAAACAAAAGUAUUGAUAUAUUUAUAGGUAGGGCCUAUAAUUAUUAUGUACUAAAAUCAUUUAUGUUUAUGAAAAUUAAAAUAUGCUAUUAUUAAAUUAACUAAUAUUAAGUUAAUAAAACUAUUACUAAGUGAAAAAUUUGUAUCAAAGAAGUAUUAACUAGAUAAUGUAAUAAUAUAUUCUAUUUUCAAAAUAAAUUGAAUUAAUAACCAUAGAAAGUGAA